CUUCUCUCAAGUGCUCAUCCUUCCUCCCCAACCCACGUUCGUUCAUCUUACCUGUCGUUCGUUGACUUCCGAAGACUAAGUAACAACAUGCGUCUCUCUCUCAUCGCCGUUGUCACCGCUCUGGGUGUUGCAGAUGCGGCAAACAAUCUUCUGAGUUCUUCCUGGACUCUGAACAAGCGCCAGGGCGAAGCCUUCGACCCCGACGAGGACAGCCGACCGGGAGCCAACUGCGUCGACGCCUUUGGCCCAGGCUACAUCGAAUGCCGCCCUGAGUCGGCGACGCAGAACAGGCUCUGCAUCAACCCCGACGAAGGCGAGACAUGCUGCAGCAACCUCUGGGGCUGCCCGGCUGGGUCAUUCUGCCUCAUUGACGAUCUUUGCUGCCCUGAGGGGCUCGACCCCCAGACGUGCGCCGCCGACAACAAUGUCAGCCUGCCACCGGACUUUGGCGCCACCACCACGACCUCUACCCCCACGGAGACUUCCACUGUGGCACCGAGUUCCAGCACUGCUCCUAGCACCACGUCGACUCUUGAGACGACCUCCUCUUCGGAGACCACCUCCGCUCCAGGUAGCACGUCCACUUCUACCACAGCAACUACACAAUCAACCAGAAGUGCGGGAAACAGUACGACAAGCAGUACUACUUCAACUUCUAGGCCAAUUGUCACCGCUGGAGCCUACCGCGAGCAGGCUGGGAUUGCGGCUGCCAUGCUGGGGCUUGUUGCUGCCAUCGCGAUCUGAGCCUUUGGAUCUGUAUAGAGCGUCUUUGUAUUGAACUAGU